UUGCGUAGUAUUAUUCUGUACGUUGCGCUGUCAGGAUAUUUUGUACGCAGUGAACAGCUGAUACGCUCUUAUUCAUGACGCAAUAGAUGCGUAAUAAAUAACUAUAGUGACGCAGUUAUGGAAGAUAACAACAUGAACAAUAAUUUAAACUACAAUAUGGAAAUCAGGGAUGACAAUGAGGACCAACAAUGGGUGUGGAGGAAUGGAUUGUGCUGUAAUGUUAAAUCUAGAAUCAAUAUAUUGCAGAAGAAGCUGAAUUCGUUAAACAGAAAGAUUGAGAUAAGUACAGGCGCAAAUCACUACCUAAAGGACGUGAUUGACCUGAACACUGAACUCACAGGAUACUUCAGUGCUGUCUCAGACAAUAUAAAUAUCAGAGAUCUGUUUGAUUUCCUCACAAUCUGUUUCUACGAAUACGAACAUUUCUUCAAGGAGAACAAGAAUGCAAUUAUUGAAGAUGAGAGUGUACGCCAGCAUUUACUUCCUAUAGCCAGGGACAUUGUUUACAACCAUGUCAGGAGUAUCCUUGAUUUUAUCAGCAACAACACAAUAGAUUCAUUUCAAUUCCGACACAACAGCUCCAGCUUAUAAACUCAAUUCCGACACAACAGCUCCAGUUUAUAAACUCAAUUCCGACACAACAGCUCCAGUUUAUAAACUCAAUUCCGACCCAAAAUCUCCAGUUUAUAAACUCAAUUCCGACCCAAAAUCUCCAGUUUAUAAACUCUAACAAUUCAAACAAAAACGUCCUUUAUCCACAUUUUCAGUUCGCCCCAUUUGACAGGGUGACAUAAAAUUUUAAGACAACUUUAAAUUAAAUUUCGAAUUAAUUUUUUAAAACCAAAGUAUCUUUUUAGGCAUGAAUAUAACCUAACAUUGUUCUGCCUUGGGGGAGUCAAUAGACUGAAAAAGUGAUUGGGGGCAUUAACAAUGAUUAAAACAAAAUUUAUACCAAAAUUAGCUUAUUUAAAUUUUUAGUUUGGUGUAUAUUUUGUAUUCUUUUUUGUGUUGUUUGAUCAUAGAAUUUUAUUCAAUGAUCGCCUUUUUGUGUCAAAAAAACAUCGGAAAAAAGACCUUGUUUUUCAGUUUUAUGAAAUAUAUCAAAACCUUACCAAAACUUUUGAAACCACAUCAAUUACAAAAGAUUUUAAUUUUAUUCUUGUAAAAUCAGUUUUAGUAAAACAUGGCACAUAGAUCAAUAUUCUUUUUUUCAAUAUUUAUUUGGACACUCUGAAAACAGAAACACGAUGUUUAUUUGGUCAUGCAUUUUCAUUUCAUAGGUGAAAAUCAAAUUUUUUGUGUUUUCAAGACGACAUUAUGUGGUGUAAAUAACUCUAUUUGAAUUACUAACGAGCCUGUUUGUUUGGCUUUUAAAGAUCUCUUUAUAAGCAACUUCAUCAAGAUUUUGUAAAUUUGUCACAAGUAAAAACGUUCCUUUCACAUUUUCCAGUGUCUCAGUAAACAUGAAAAUUAAGUGACGAUUUCGAGAUCAAGGCCAUUAUGUCAUUUUGAUUUGUUUAUUAAAAUAUACAGUAGAAUAGGCAAUUAUAUUAAUUCACUAAAGACGACUUUUUAUUUUAGUUUUGAUUGUAAAUAAGCUUUUUCGAAUUAAAAGUUUACAAGUAAUCAAAGAGAUGCUUUUUUGAUUGACAGCUAUCUUGAAUUCUUUGUUUAUGUGUUUCCAUGCUGUUAAACAGCUUGAUAAAUCAAAAUAGAAAUCGACAGUCGUCUUCAUUGUGUCGAUAUAAUCGCCGACCACUGUACCAGUGCAUAACUCUGUUACAAAUUACAAAAUCGUUUGAUAUCUACAUUUCAAAUAAAUAUAUUGAACAAAGCCGACUUUUGGUCCGUAUUUAUAUACUAUUUUAUGACUAAACUAUAUAGAUGAAUGUAUUGUUAUUGUACAUAGAAAUCGUAAAAUUUUGAAAUUUUGACAUUUUAUUUUAAGAAAAAACAGUGCACUGUGUGUGUUGUUUCAGCUAGUUUCAAUUGUAAGAAUUUAAAUUUGCAGAGUUGUUUGUUAGUUAUUUUAAGAAAAUGGUGACCUGUGCAGUGUGCACUUCUUGCUGUUUAAGCUAUUUGUAUUAAUUGAUUUUACAAUGAUUUUGCAUAUGUUUUGGUCAUUUAACAAUUAUACCGCCUCUACCUCGAAAUUCACUAAAAUUUUGAUUUUAAUAUGUUUAUUUUCAAAUUUUUGAUGAAAAAAUUUCUUCUUUUGUUUUGAUACAAUAAUAUCAUUAAUGAUGCACAAAAAUCGUUUUAAUGAUAUAAAACUACUUGUAAAUAUCAAAAAUAUUUAAUAAUUUGAACCGUAUUUUGAUAGGUAUCAACAGACUAAGUAAACAUUAAAUAUAUAAAUGUAUAUAUAUUAUUGUAUAUGAAUAAAAAUCAAUAAAGCAAUGCACUGAG